UGAGGCUGUAUGGCCUAUAACUCAUGCCUGGCCACGAAGGGAAUUGAAAUUUGGCAAACAAUAACAUUAUUAUUUCCGAUUUUCGAAGUUCAAUUUCAAAAUAAUAUAAUACGUAGCAGUAGUAUUUUUUAUAUUAAAUAGUAUUUAUUAUAUAUUAUAGCUUAAAUACUGAACAAUCUGGUCUUAUAACUUAUUGUUGUUAAAGCUUCAAAGAAUUAGGAAUGUCGUCUGAUUCAGAAGAAGAUGAAGCUGUCAGGCAGGAUUUCAAAGAAAUUGCAGACGAAAUAGAAAGAUGUAAAAGGAACCCCGAAACGUCUGGAAUGUUCGUAUCAGGUUGGGAUGAUGCAGACCAAGAUGUUGAUCUUGUAAAAAACCCAAAAGCAAAUCCAAUUGAUCACAUAUUGUGGGCAGCUGAAAAUGGAGAAAUAGAUACUGUACAGGAACUUUUAUCAAAGCAGCCAGGCUUAGUCCACGCCAGAGAUUCAGACGGCUACACACCAUUACACCGUGCUGCAUAUAGUAACCAUGUUCAUGUAAUAUGUUACUUGCUUAGUGUAGGGGCAAAUGUGUCAACUAAAACUGAAUUAGGAUGGACUCCACUACACUCUGCUUGUAAUUGGAAUAAUUAUCCUUCAGCAGCAAGGUUGCUGGCAGCAGGAGCUGAUCCGGCUGCUUUAUCUGAUGGAGGACAAACUCCCCUACAUCUAGCAUCUGCAAUAAGCCAUUGCAAAUCAACAUUGUUAGUUUUACUACUAAGAGAAGAUAUGGUUGAGAUCUCCCAAAGAGAAAAUAAUUCACAUGAAACACCAGAAAAAUUAGCAAAAGGCCAUGGAAUAUAUGCUCCUCUGUAUGAAAUGGUUUUACCAUCUGCAUCUCAUAUUCGUUCAUUAGCCUUUACAUGUAAUCCUUAUACUAGAAUAUAAUAUUAUUAUGACAUUAAGUUUAUAUCUUAUGGUUCAUGUAAAUAUAUUUUCUGUAUUAAAUAAAUUUGAAAUUAUUGAA